AUGCCUCCUGGUGAGACUACACAAAUAUGGGAAGUUGGAGGCUCGAAGAAGAGCUGGUCGAAAGGGGAAUACUGUGUUCAUUGGAUUAUAGUCAACGGAAGACCAACGAUGUUUACCUUCGAGUGUCUUCAAGACCAUAAUACUUCGCCGUCUACUCGCGUGGCCCAUACAGGGGAGAACCACAGCUUUUUGGACGCCCUACUAUCCGAAAUGAUCAUCAUGCACGAUGGGGCAAUCUGCGUUGACGUCAACUAUUGAUGUUUGUGUCUCGAAAGUCCCGGUGCUGAAGAAGUGUUGUAUGCUGACCGUUCAACGUUACGUUCUACCCGCAUGGUCCUUACUAAUUGAUCCUGAGUGUACCUAUCUACGACGUCAAGUAUGCAACAUACAUAGAUAUCCAUGUCCUGUCCUGUGCCUGUCU